GUAUUAAAUGGGUAUUAUGUACAAAUUAAUGAAACAUAAAAGUCUGAACACAGAUAUACAUGGAAAACCAUCGACCAAAAAGAAAAGUGAUAAGUGUUAUUUAUUAACAACAACAACGACAGCAACACCAGAAACCACAAUGAUGAAUACCGGCCAUAACAGCGAUUGUGAUGUCACCGAAAAUGACAAUGAUGUCGUCAUAACUGCCAGUGGGGGUGUCAUCUGCAGCAACAGCACCGACACAAUGCGCAAAAUCGAAAUGGAGACAGAAAAACGUUUCACGGCCGAACACAUUUUGCAAUUGUGUAAAUUUUUAGCUGAAAAAUCCAAGAGAAAUAAAAAUCUACACAAACAACAACAGAGUCCCAAGAAAUUAACAAAAACACUGAAAAGUUUCCAAUUCCAAUCGAUGGACAACACCAACGAUGACAGCAAUGACAAUGAAGGCAGUCAGAGCAGCAGUGAUAUGGAACAAGAACAAUUUUAUGAUAAUCAAUGUGAGGAUGAGUUUAUGGCAGUGAGGAGAAAACACAGCUAUCAAAAUCAAGCCAUACCUUUACUGAGUCAUACAAGGAUAACAGAACAACAACGCCUGCAGCAGCAACAACAACACAUAGCAAUAUUAAAUGCAACAAACAACAUUCUAUCAUCCCGCCUCUCACCAGAUAUAAAUGCCAUGAAUAUCUCAGCAGCAGUAACAACGACAACUGCCUAUCAUCAACAACACAGCCAACAGUAUCACCACCAGCAGCAACCGAUGGACCAAGAUUCUGUUGAGGAACAACAUUAUCUCCAACAACCUCAGCACAAUGGUAAACGUGACAUUUUACUAAAAAUACGCCAUCAAAUUUUUGAACGUAAACGUUUACGUGAAAAAGGUUAUGAACCUCAAUCUCUUAAUGGCUCUGCCGCAGCACAACAGGCAUCUAUUGACUGCAUUACUUCCAUCCAUAUGCAAUUUGUUACAAUGCAUACACACAACAUUAUUAAACUAUAAUUAAAUAUUGAAUGUAUAUAUAUAGAAGUAUAUGUUGGUUUGUAAGUAUUUUCUCUGUGGUUUUAGUUUUUAUGAGCAAAUUAAUACAUUAACAGUUAUUUUUCUUAAUUGUUUUUUUUUUCUUUGCAGGUUGUUUGGCUGUUUGGAUUUCUAUUAAAAUAUAUUUCUUCUCUUGAUGUAAAUUCCCAAUAUAUUUCAUUUUCAAAAAUAUUUAGAUUUGGUUUGUAUUAAGUAUUUUGUAAUUAUUAUUGUAAAUAAAUAUAUAUG